AUGAAAAAGCCUCAAUUUUAUAUUAGUAAUACAAUAUGCAAUAAUAAGAAAGAAACCGUGGCGCCAUACAAUAAGCACUACGGCCACUUCAAUCGAACAACAUCACAACCAUACACAACAUAUCAAAUGCGCCACGAAGCAUACACAAGAGCAUCCUCAUCCUCAUCUGCAUACUUCUGCCCAUCAACUUCACUACCACGAGACCACUCGCCAUUCCAUCCAGAAAUAGGCAACUCCGCCAAAAACCAUCUCCAACUCCCAUUUAUGAGUCCAACUGGAACAAACACUCAACUACAAAAGAAUACUUUUACCAUUAAUGCAAAUUUACUACAAACACCAACAGCAAUCAUCACUUACUCCUGUCCGUUUUCUUUCUUUGCCUUUGUCAAAUUUCCAUAUACUGAACAGGUUUAA